UUCUUGAUUAGUUAAAUGGUAAAUAGUUCUGCUUACUAUCACCAGAUGGCAAACUCUGAGACAAAAGACAGUGUUGAAAUUAACUCGGUUAUUUUAUUGAAUUUGUUAAUGUUUAUAAGAAGAAAAAUAUUACUUUAAUUAUUAAUUAUUUUAUCGAAAUGACCGGUAUUACAAUAUCAGCUGUUCGGACACGAACUAGCAUACUUGAUAAAUCAUUAAGUAAGGGAAAGGGAGAGGUUAGCUUGAGUUGUUUCGCACUUUUGUUUUCAGAGCUUGUACAGUACUGUCAAAAUCGUGUUUACACCGUACCAGAAUUACAAAAUAAAUUGGCAGAAAUAGGUACUGAGGUUGGUCACAAAAUAACAGAUUUACUUGUCGUGCGAGAGAAGGGUGGAAAACGUGAGAUAAAAUUGUUAAAUAUUUUAUUGUUUAUUAAAAGUACAGUAUGGAAAUCAUUGUUUGGUCGUGAAGCUGAUAAAUUAGAACAUGCAAAUGACGAUGAGCGCACGUACUACAUCAUAGAAAAAGAAGCAUUAGUAAACAAAUUUAUAUCAGUCCCGAAAGAUAAAGGAAGUCUAAACUGUGCUUCUUUUAUUGCUGGUAUAGUUGAAGCUAUUCUUUGCGAUUGUGGUUUUCAAGCAAAAGUCACUGCACAUUGGCAUAAGGGCACAACAUACAUGGUUAAAUUUGAUGAUGCAGUUGUUGCUCGUGACAAACAAUUGGAAGAUCGAUAAUCGAAAAUAUAGAAAAAAAGUAUUAAAUAUUAAAAUAAAAUUCUGUAUUCAUUUAUAAGUAAAGAACAGAUAUCUUUACAUUAAAAA